AUGGAACCCUAUCCUGAAAUAAAAGUCAAAAAUGUUACUACGGCGAAUAUAAGCGAAUACUUUCCUAAAGCCUAUAGUAAUUUUUUGGGAUACCGUUUACGUUUGCCGGUACAGGUGGAUAUACCGCAAACGUUUUUAAGUACAAGAUUAAAAGAUGGUCUUAUAUACUUAGAUGGUGUUGGUGGAAUAAUUUUUCGAAAAUUCAUGCAGCACAUCAAUGUUUCGCUAGAAGUAUAUAGUUUGAUGGAGAAGAAUGGCAGUAACUAUAUGAAUAUGUCACACAUUUUAGAUAUGCUAAUACGGAACUGCAUUGAAAUAAGUGCGCAGCAGUAUACAACUUUAAAACCAGUGGAUGUUGAUUACAGUUACCCAUAUGUAAUAACACAACGUUGUCUUAUGGUACCAUUAAACAGUGCAAUUCCACGAAAUCUCUAUCUUUUGCUGCCGUUCCGUUGGUAUAUUUGGUUAUUUCUAAUAACUUUUAUGAUUACAGCCGAUUUGUUACUAAGAAUAUUUCAUAAGUGUAAUCAACGUCGUGGUUGGAGAACAAGUAGAGCAUUAGGUGAAUUUCUUAAACAAGGUGGUGUCUUCUAUUUCAUGCUUCUUUUAAUGCUGGCGAUACCAAUACAAUCAUUAAAGCUAUUUAGACCACGUCUGGCCACAUCAUUUUUGUUUUUUCGUAAGUUAUUAUGGAGUUAUGGCAUAAUAUUCACAUUUUUCUACAUUUCACAACUAUACUCCAAUAUGCUUACAACGUUAUUAACAAUCACGCUGUUUAAUACACCCGAAAUGAAAGAAACCGAUAUUAUUAAUGCGAAACGUCCAAUAAUGAUUUUAAAGCAGGAGGAGGAAUCUAUUUUCCAUAACCUGAAGUCCGUAGAAAAAUUAAAAAAACUUAUAGUUUACGGAGAUAUUGCUGAAUAUCAUUAUAACCGCAAUACAUUCAACAGAUCUUAUAUAUAUCCUAUUAGCAGUGAGCGUUGGGACUUCCUUAGCAUGCAACAACGUUUUCUCGAUAAUAAAAAAUUUUGGUACUCUAGUGUUUGUUUCGGAUCAUUUCCAUUGCAAUACCAAAUGCGAGCCGAUUCACAUUUUGAAGAACCAUUGAAGAACUUUAUUUUUAUUUCAUAUGAAAGUGGUUUAUACUAUUAUUGGAUAUCAAACUGUUAUCAGCGUGCUAAGAAAUUGGGAUAUUUGCAUGAUUUUAAGAAUAAUUAUGAUGAGUUUAAUACUAGUGCUGUAACGGAAACUGGAUUAUCACUUAAGUCGCUUUCACCUUUAAUAUAUCUUUAUAUUAUUGGCAUAAUUUUGAGUUUUUUAGUGUUUCUUUUUGAAGUGAAAUUUGUAAACUUAAGAAAAUUACGAAAAUUUUAUAAGAAACUUAGGCAGUGA